AUCAGCUGAUCGACUAGAGCAAGUUCGUAGAGGUUAGGUUAGAGGCACGUUCCUGACAAUUUGACAAUUACAUUUAUGAAUUAAAAAUUUCCUGAUAAACGUCGAUCGGAUCGCUCUGCCUCGCGGAAAAUGGCUAUGAAUCUAAUAAAACAGAUCGCAGUGCUUGGACAACGUCCGUCCCUUGGAAAAGUCUUGUCGGCAAAAAUGUACACUGGAAAGUUAUACGAGCCCGAUUAUUUAGAGACAGGAAAAUCGAAAGUUCCAAUGUUGCCCUCGAUAAAUAUACAGAUCAAGGGCUACGACUACCCCGUGCUCGAGUCCUAUCAAGCUUUGAUGUACAAGUUGGCAAACGCCAUGCAGAUUGACGUGGACGAUAGUUGGGCACUACCGGCUCAGGUAUUCAAGAUUGAAAAAUUUAAGACUAGAACGACGGUGAUCGAGACGAAAUACGAUCUCAAGAUCUUUGAAAGAAAUAUGCAGGUAUCCGAAAUAUCAACUGCAAAAUGUUCGGUAUUAAUUAGAGUAUUGGAGGCAGCCCUACCGCAAGGCGUUACUCUGAACGUGGACGUUUUUGAUCCCGCACUGGAAAAGAAGCGAUACGUGCCAGACAAGGAACUGCUCGACUUGAAGAGCACAUUGGAAAAUCUAAAGAAAUAAAUAUUCUAGACGAUCGUACAAUUAUUGCUACUAUCUGGGUGCGAGAGACAUUUUUGUAUAUACGUAUGUUAAUGUAGAUAUUUUUUUAGGUACAUAAAUUUUUAAAACGAUAAUUAAACAUCUUUUAAGAAUCGC